CCUCCAGGGGCGAAGGACUGUCUCGGAGUAACCCGGAGCUCCGCCGCUGCAGCUGCUGCAUCUGUGUCCCUGAACCGCGUCUCACACUUUAAUACAUCAGCUAUUACCCCCCUCACCCCCCCUCCUCCCCCGGUGUGAGGGGUGAGUGUGUGUUAAUGAGCCGACUCAUGUAGAAAACUUGGACCCGGUCAGAGGCUCUCGGUCCCGGGACAGCAGCGCCAGCAGCCGCGGAGGGAUUAGGUAACCUGUGAUUGUUCAACUUUGACUCCGCGUCCUGGGAUAUAACCUCACAGCUGACUGUGGAUCCACUGACGCAGUGUGUUUUCCCGCUCUGGACGUUGAUGUAUUAGGACAACGAUGUGUCGUCCCCCCCGCUGCGUCCUGCUGCUGCUCUCCUGCGUCCUGCUGGUUCUGCUGGUUCAGUUUCCUGGGGUCCGGUCCAGACCGGCCACGGAGGACACGGACACAGCCGACGCAGUAAAAUCCUCUGAGGACGAAGAAGACGAUGAGUCAUCGUCAGAGGAAAAUAAACUCUCCAAUGAACUGUCAACAAGCAACGAGAAGCUGCAGCCGCUGGCGCCUCAGUGGGUGAUGCCGGACAAGAUGGAGAAGCAGCUCCACGCCGUCCCCGCCAGCAAGACGGUGAAGUUCCGUUGCCAGGCGACGGGGAACCCGGUCCCGUCGCUGCGCUGGUACAAGAACGGGAAGGAGUUCAGGAAGGACCAGAGAAUCGGAGGCUUCAAGAUCAGAGAUCACAUGUGGACCCUCAUCAUGGAGUCAGUGGUUCCCUCUGAUAAAGGGAACUACACCUGUGUGGUGGAGAACGAGUACGGGAGCCUCAAACACACCUACCUGCUUGAUGUAGUUGAGCGCUCUCCUCACCGGCCGAUCCUGCAGGCCGGUCUGCCGGCGAACCAAACCGCCGUCGUCGGCAGCAACGUGGAGUUCGUGUGUCGGGUGUUCAGCGACCCGCAGCCUCACAUCCAGUGGCUCAAACACAUCACCAUCAACGGCAGCAGAGUGGGACCGGACGGACACCGCUACGUCCUCAUCCUCAAGACUGCAGGUCUGAACACGACGGAUAAGGAGAUGGAGGUUCUGACUCUGAGGAACGUCUCUCUGGACGAUGCGGGGGAGUACACCUGUCUGGCGGGAAACUCCAUCGGCGUCUCCCACCACUCGGCGUGGCUCACUGUGGUGGACGACCUGCCCCCCUCCCCCCUCCCCUCCCAGACAUACCUGGAGAUCUUCAUCUACUGCCUGGGGUUUUUCAUCAUCAUCAUCCUCACUGCCACGGCGGUCAUCUGCAGACUCUGCUGCGCCCCGAAGAAGAGCGACUUCAGCAGCCAGCUCGCCGUCCAGAAACUUGCCAAGAGCAUUCCUCUGAGGAGACAGGUGUCGGUGGAGUCCUCGUCCUCGCUGCAGUCGGGGAUGUGUCUGAUGCGUCAGUCUCGUCUCUCCAGCGCCGCCACCACCCUCCUGGCGGGAGUGUCGGAGUACGAGCUCCCCUACGACCCGGUGUGGGAGCUUCCUCGAGACCGGCUGACGCUGGGGAAGCCUCUGGGAGAAGGCUGCUUCGGUCAGGUGGUGCUGGCUGAGGCUGUGGGCGUCGACAGAAACAAGCCGACGCGCCUUACUAAGGUCGCCGUGAAGAUGCUGAAAGCGGACGCCACAGAGAAGGACCUGUCCGACCUGAUCUCCGAGAUGGAGAUGAUGAAGAUGAUCGGGAAACACAAGAACAUCAUCAACCUGCUGGGAGCGUGCACUCAGGACGGACCUCUGUACGUGGUGGUGGAGUACGCCUCGCAGGGGAACCUCAGGGAGUUCCUCCGGGCUCGGCGGCCGGUCGGGUUGGAGUACUGGAGCGGGUCCAGACAGACCUCGCUGGGCAGCUUGGAGAUCAGGGAGCUGGUGUCUGCGGCGUACCAGGUGGCCAGAGGGAUGGCGUACCUCGCCUCCAAGAAGUGUAUCCACAGAGACCUGGCGGCCAGGAACGUGCUGGUCACGGAGGACAACGUGAUGAAGAUCGCAGACUUCGGUCUGGCUCGAGACAUCCACCACAUCGACUACUACAAGAAGACGACUAACGGCCGCCUGCCGGUGAAGUGGAUGGCUCCUGAAGCUCUGUUCGACCGGAUCUACACUCACCAGAGCGACGUGUGGUCGUUUGGAGUCCUGCUGUGGGAGAUCUUCACCCUCGGGGGGUCUCCUUACCCCGGGGUCCCUGUGGAGGAGCUCUUCAAGCUGCUGAAGGAGGGACACCGCAUGGAGAAACCCUCCGCAUGCACGCAGGAGCUGUACCUGAUGAUGAGGGACUGCUGGCACGCCGUCCCCUCCCGCAGACCUACCUUCCAGCAGCUGGUAGAAGAUUUAGACCGAACACUUUCUCUCAUGGCAAAUCAGGAGUACCUGGACCUGGCCGUCCCUCUGGUCCAGUACUGUCCGGUCAGCUCCUCUGCUUCCUGUUACUCCACAUAAACGUCCUGGGACUGUUUCCCUUCAUGCAUCACCUUCAUCCCGUUUCCUCUGCUGUGCUGGGCGGUGACGGCGGCGGCAGCAGAAGUCCCAGAAGAAGAAGAAGAAGAAGCUGGGCAGAGGAGCUCAGACGACGAGCUGCUCCACCGUCAUCCAUCACAGCAGCCUGAUGUGAAGAACAGCUGGACUGAGCCGGACUCAGGAAGCAGCUCACACAGCGACUCCCCCACACGGGGCCAAAGACUGAGUUCACCCUCUGACACAGGACUGAGAGCCGGUUUGUUGCUGCGCUGCUGCUCACGACGAUAAUGUUCUCAGUGUGAAUAUUGUAAAUAAUAGUUUGUGUUUUAUGGAAGACCAAACUGGAUUUAUUACAGAGAGAAAAAGAAACUAAAAACUAACUGAAUGAAUAAAAUACACAAAUAAAUCUGUAAGAAAA